AUGGCCCUAGUCGAACUCUCCUCCUUGGGCCAACUUCCCUCCUCGAAGGAAUUUAAAGAAAAAUACACCAGAACCAACGUUUUAAAAGUGUCUGUAUAUGUCCAUCUCUUAGCUGUGUUUCGAGAUAAGGAAUGGAAUCCAACCGGCCCAGGAGCCGUGGUGUUCACCGAUUACACCCCAGUUAAGGAAUCUGCAAUCAUAGGAAAAGUUUUGCCGCCAUCUGUCCCUCGUUCCUUCAGAGCAAAUGGGCGCCAAUUGGAUCAAAAUUACUUGCACGCCUUGAGCUUAAGUCAUGAGCAGUUUCGCACCUAUUCAGGAGCACUAGCGUCAACUUACGGUGUCGAGAGAGAGCGUAACAUGGAUGCUGAGCUGGCAGACUUGCAGGACUUGGGAAUUCUAGCGAAGGUACAGUUCCGGGUGAUUGAAAAGUUCAACAGCGCAGGCUCCGGUAUGUCAGGGUAUACCAAUAGUAUCGAGUUCAUAACAAGGGAACUGCUCGCUGCAUACACACAGGACUCUUCAUUUAAGAACUUCAUUUACAGAUUCAAGAGCAUGGUGAGCGACCUGACAUACCUAUCAGCCGAUAAGAGGUUGGGAUUAAACUCGUUUCUCGGAGAUCAUUCCUCACGGUCUCCGGCCCCGAUCUACCCAGACUCGCAAGACAUCAGCAUGUUGCAGUCACAAAGGGUGCAAGAGCCUGCUUACAAGAAAAAGAGAAUUAGUGGGGCAGCACUUAUCCAUGCACCAGCCAAUUUCGAAGAAGAGGAGCUAGGAUCCCAAAUGACAUCGAGCCAAUUGGACCGACCAGUGCAUAGCAACCAGUUCAUGAGUCAGAGCAGCGAGUCCAUCAUCAACCCAACCAUUCAGAACAGCCAAGGCACCGAAAAUCUCAUGCUGCAGAUCCAAGUGGAUGAGGUGCUUAUCGAUAAAGUGACCAUUGCAAAAUUAAAUGCGAUAGCAGACACUACAAAGGUGCUCGGGGACAAGGUGUUUGCCAUAGAUACCCGAGUUAUGGGCAUGGCACCUCUUAUUCCUAUUAUUGUGAAACCAUAUGGCCGUACAAUGAAGGUAACAAGCUUCAAACUCAUAUUGAAGGAUGCUAGUGGGGACCAGAUGUACGUGGAAUUUCACGAAGAGAGAGAUAUAUGCGCAUUCUUGGGGGUUAAUGAGGUCGAAGAGCUAAUCGACUUAGUGGAGGAUGUGGAAGAGCGAACACUCAACCUCGUGAACUCUGGAACCCUGCAUCAUCAUCGAGACGUGAGAGUAAAGAGAAAAUGGUUACAACUCCCAGGAUACAAAUAUGGGUACUGGACGAUAGUGGGGACGCUACGGGAUUUGACCAAAGACUUGGACUAA